AUGUCCUUUAUUUCCACGUUCUCCCUUCGGUUCCGUCUCUGCGGGUUUCGCAUCUCGAGCUUUUCAUCUACUCUUCAUCCUCGGCGGCAGUUUCAUUCGUCACAGCUCACAAUGUCCAACUCCAUCAUCCAGCUAACGGCCCCGAAUGGGCGCAAGUACGCUCAGCCUAUUGGACUAUUUAUAAACAAUGAGUUUGUUCCGUCCAAGUCUGGCGAGCAGUUUGCAACCGUCAAUCCUAGUGAUGAGUCGGAGAUUACUUCAGUGUAUGCAGCAGGUGAAGAAGAUGUCGAUACCGCAGUCAAGGCAGCCCGGAAGGCCCUUAAGGAUCCGUCAUGGAAGCUGCUCCCUGCUACGGAUCGAGGCAACCUGAUGCUUAAACUGGCGGAUCUCAUCGAUCAACACAGGGAAACCCUGGCCACUAUUGAAACGUGGGAUAAUGGCAAGCCGUACCAGGUUUCUUUGAACGACGACCUUUCAGAGGUUAUUAACACCAUUCGCUACUUUGCCGGUUGGGCCGAUAAGAUCCAUGGCCAGACCAUCGGUACCACUCCCGCCAAAUUUGCUUACACCCUCCGCCAGCCCAUUGGUGUUGUGGGCCAAAUUAUCCCCUGGAACUUCCCGUUGGCCAUGGCAGCUUGGAAGCUGGGCCCUGCAUUGGCCUGUGGUAAUACCAUCGUCUUAAAACCUGCGGAACAGACGCCUCUAAGUAUCCUGUAUUUUGCCACCCUUGUCAAGGAAGCUGGCUUCCCACCUGGUGUUAUUAAUAUUGUCAACGGUAUUGGAAGAGUCACAGGAACUGCCUUGGUUACCCACCCCGAUGUGGACAAGGUUGCUUUCACUGGUUCAACCGUUACUGGCAAAGAGAUCAUGAAGAUGGCAGCGGGAACCAUGAAGAAUGUGACUUUGGAAACCGGCGGCAAGUCCCCUCUGGUUGUUUUUGGUGAUGCAGACCUUGAGCAGGCUGCCAAGUGGGCUCAUAUCGGUAUCAUGUACAACCAAGGACAAGUAUGCACAGCUACUUCACGCAUUCUGGUGCACGAGUCGGUUUAUGACGAAUUCGUGAAGCUUUUCAGAGAGGCAGUGGCUAGCACCAGUAAGGUGGGCGACCCAUUUGCCGACGACACGUUCCAAGGACCCCAGGUCACCAAGGCCCAGUAUGAGCGUGUCCUCUCAUACAUCGAGAGCGGGAAGCAGGAAGGAGCCACCCUAGUCGAUGGUGGUGUUCCGUACAAGAAUGUUGGAGACGGCAAGGGCUUCUUCAUUGCGCCCACAAUCUUCACAGACGUCAAGGACAACAUGCGCAUUUACCGCGAGGAAGUUUUCGGUCCAUUUGUUGCAAUCGCCAAAUUUUCUACGGAGGAAGAGGCCGUGAGCCGCGCCAAUGAUACAACCUACGGAUUGGGAGCCGCACUCUUUACCAAGGAUAUCGAGCGUGCCCACCGUGUGGCCUCUGAUAUUGAGGCAGGUAUGGUGUGGGUUAACAGUAGCAACGACAGCGACUUCCGUGUGCCUUUCGGUGGUGUUAAGCAGAGUGGAAUUGGCCGUGAACUCGGAGAGGCCGGAUUGGAAGCAUACUCCCAGGUCAAGGCUGUUCAUGUCAACGUCGGGACCAAGCUGUAA